AUGCAGCUAGGAAAGAUCCCGCUAGUCAUCGGAAUGCCAGUCCUUGUGUCCCCAAAUUUUGACGUCAAAGGUGGAAUCGUGAAUGGUAGUACCAGAAUACUGAAGAAAGUGAGAUACACAGUUAACGACAAAAAACAACGUGUACUGAGGUCCUGUAUUGUAGAAAUCAAUCAGUUGUCAGAUGAAGCGCUACCAAAUCUGCAUCCGCACGACAUACCUAUCAUUGAAGACUCCAUGGAACUAAGAUUUAUGCAUCCAAAUUCGAAAAGAUGUGCCGGAUUACACGCACACAGGUUCCCAUUCUUCCAGGUUUCGUGA